GCCUAUGCUCCCACCCCAUGCCCCGACAAUCCCAGCUAAUAUGCCUCGAAUCUUCUCCCGAACUUGUUCCUACGGUUGAUGCUACUUAUAAAUAAGCCAAGCUGCGAUACUAGCUAGGCCAAAGAAUUCCUAAGACACCGUUGAACAAUGGCAACCACUAGAUUAUUACGUACGUCUAGGCCUUUGCGUCUUGGUCUUCCUUCUUCUUCGUCGCCGUCUUCGUUGUCCGGGACCACGGUGAGGUGUGUAAGCACGGCGGCCGGGUUUAACGGAGAGAAGACGGUUUCUGGGGAUAGGGAGAGGAAACCGAUGGUGGCCGUGAAGGCCUCGUUAGCGGCUUCCGAGAGCUUAACAAUUACCUCUAAACCGCAAGUCAAUCGGGGACUACUGGAUUUGGCUUCUGUACUGGCAAAUGCUAGCCUGGCUGCCGUGUUUUUGCUAAGGCUGGCUGUGCAACUCAAGCCACGCAAAUUUUACGUCCAAAUGUUCCUUGAAAGGGCCAUAAUUGAUUGCCGAUUCUUUACAUUCAUUGCUGUUGCGGGAUCUUUACUCGGUUCAGUGUUGUGUUUUGUUGAGGGUUCCUUUAUCAUACUAGAGUCAUAUUUGCAGUAUUUCUAUACGACGUUGUCACAAAAGAUGGACCAAGAACAUAUGGUGCACCUACUUAUUGAAGCAAUAGACAUGUUCCUGGUAGGAACCGCCAUGCUCACGUUCGGGAUGGGUUUGUACGUCAUGUUUGUUGGAACAAGGAGUAUGAAAGAAAAGGGCCCAUGGCUUUCCGGGUCAAACUUGUUUGGACUCUUCUCUAUGAAGACACUUCCAACAUGGGCUGAGAUGCAAUCAGUUUCACAAGCCAAAUCGAAAAUCGGGCAUGCUGUGAUGAUGAUUCUUCAAGUGGGAGUAUUGGAGAAGUUAAAGAGUGUAAAUUUGGUUACUGCGGUGGAUCUUGCCUGUUUUGCCGGGGCUGUGCUAAUAUCCUCAGCCAGUAUCUUUCUUCUCUCAAGACUCUCUGCCGACUGAAUUACGUACAAUGGAAGAUAUAAUGAUAUAUAUAUAUAUAUAUAUAUAUAUAUAUAUAUAUAUAGUUAGUUGAUAUACUCAUUUAUUAUAUACAUAUAGCUAGGCCUAACAUAUGUAUGUAUGGUUAAUCAAUAUCAUUCAUUCUUUUAUUAAUUAGUACGAAUUGUAGAUAGAAAGCAUACAUAGGGGGAUCGAUCCCUCUGCAUGUAUAAGAGUUAGAAUAUGUGCAGAGAGGAAGAAGAAGUGGAGUCUUUAAGCCCUUUGCGGAUAUUGUAGUUUAAUUUCCGAUUAUCAUAUAUAAAUGUU